CAUAUUGAGUUAGUUAUACAAGUGAAAACUAGUACGAAAGACCACUGGGAACUCACUUUAUCAGUUCUCUGGGAAUCAAUUCACCAUCUCAGACUUUACAUACAUCAUGAUCUAUUUUCAUUCAAGUAGACAAAUGUGUUUAUCACUCCCUGAGUGAGUACACACACUUUUAUCUCCCCAUGCUUGCACGCACACACACUCCAGUAGGACAAAAGACACAUAUCCUCUGCAUGUGACAUCCAUCUCAGGCCAGCCCGAGCUCCAUAUCCUCCCCCAUAAUCCCUCAACUAGAGAGGCAACAUCCUCUGACUGUAGCGAAGGGGAAGCUGUCCUCACUGCGAUUCUCCGCUCCGCCACAGGUAACACCCCAAACUCUGAAUCAUGUGCGCCAAUGUUUGAAAUCUCCAAACACUGCUUUCCGCUUUUUUUGAUCAGCGUGUCAGGAAGUGAAAGAUUCUCUGCCAGGCAUCUCUUGGGAUAGUUUCCUCGCCACAUUCUCUUUCUGCCUGAUCUACGGAUUUGCUGACAGACCUGAGGGAAGCGGUGCAGAAUUCUUCCUUAGGCUACUCCUGUCAAAGUGUGAGAGAGGAACAGACAGCAACAACAACAACAACAGAUUCACUUUUUUAAAAAAAAGAGAAAAUCAGAAAGGGGAACAAUGAUGGAAUUGAGGAUCCAGCUGAUCCCGACAGGGGAAAUCAUUCUUCCUCCGGGGAAGAACGGAGAAAACUACUGCCACAACUGCAAGGUGGUGGCCAGUGACGGGGUGCGGGCUAUGAUGGAGUCGGCCCUGACAGCCAGAGACCGGGUGGGCGUGCAGGACUUUGUCCUGCUAGAGAACUUCACCAGCGAGGCGGCCUUCAUAGAAAACCUGCGCAAACGCUUCAAAGAGAACCUCAUCUAUACAUACAUAGGUUCAGUGCUGGUGUCAGUUAACCCCUACAAAGACUUGGAGAUCUACACCAAGAACCACAUGGAGCGAUACCGUGGAGUCAACUUCUAUGAGGUCUCACCACACAUCUAUGCAGUGGCAGACAACUCGUACCGUUCCUUGAGGACGGAGAGGAAGGACCAGUGCAUCCUCAUCUCCGGGGAGAGUGGUGCCGGGAAGACGGAGGCGUCCAAGAAGAUCCUGCAGUACUACGCCUUCACCUGUCCAGCCAGCGAUCAGGUGCAAACCGUCAAAGACCGCCUGCUGCAGUCCAACCCUGUGCUGGAGGCCUUUGGUAAUGCCAAGACGCUGCGUAAUGACAACUCGAGCCGCUUUGGAAAGUACAUGGACAUUCAGUUUGACUUCAAGGGCGCCCCCAUGGGAGGCCACAUCAUCAACUACCUGCUGGAGAAGUCCCGCGUGGUCCACCAGAACCACGGGGAGAGGAACUUCCACAUUUUCUAUCAGCUGAUCGAAGGAGGCGAGGAGGACCUGCUGAGACGCCUGGGCCUGGAGAGGAACCCUCAGCAGUACCAGUACCUGGUCAAAGGGAACUGUCCCAAAGUGAGCUCCAUCAACGAUCGCAGCGAUUGGAAGGUGGUGAGGAAAGCCUUGACUGUGAUUGGCUUCAACGAGGACGAGGUGGAGGAGCUGUUGAACAUAAUCGCCAGUGUGCUCCACCUGGGGAACGUGCAGUACGGUGGGGAAGAAGGCAACGCCUGCAUCACUUCUGACACGCAGAUAAAGUACCUGGCCAGGUUGUUAGGAGUGAAUGGGGCAGUGCUGACAGAGGCACUCACACACAAGAAGAUAAUUGCCAAGGGAGAGGAGCUGAUGAGCCCGCUGAACCUGGAGCAAGCAUCAUCAGCUCGGGAUGCUUUGUCCAAGGCAGUGUAUGGACGCACCUUCACCUGGCUGGUUAACAAGAUCAACGCUUCACUGGCAUAUACGGAUGACACAUUCAAGAAUUUCUCUGUCAUCGGCCUGCUGGACAUCUAUGGUUUUGAAGUCUUCCAGAACAACAGCUUCGAGCAGUUCUGCAUCAACUACUGUAACGAGAAGCUGCAGCAGCUCUUCAUCGAGCUCACCCUCAAGUCAGAGCAGGAGGAGUACGAGUCUGAAGGCAUCACGUGGGAGCCCGUGCAGUACUUCAACAACAAGAUCAUCUGUGACCUGGUGGAAGAGAAGUUUAAAGGCAUCAUCUCCAUUCUGGAUGAGGAGUGUCUGAGACCCGGAGACGCCAGCGAUCUCACUUUCCUCGAGAAGCUGGAGGACACUGUCGGAGGACACGCACACUUAGUAACUCACAAGCUUGCUGAUGCAAAGACCCGGAAAGUAAUGGGCCGUGAUGAAUUCAGACUGCUGCACUACGCUGGAGAGGUUAACUACAAUGUCAACGGAUUUCUGGACAAGAACAACGACCUGCUCUUCAGGAACCUAAAAGAGGUUAUGUGUAUGUCGGAGAACAAGAUCCUGACCCAGUGUUUUGACAGGGAGGAGCUGAGUGACAAGAAACGCCCAGACACGGCAGCGACCCAGUUCAAAGCAAGUCUGGCGAAACUCAUGGAGAUCCUCAUGUCGAAGGAGCCGUCGUACGUGCGCUGCAUCAAGCCCAAUGACUCCAAGCAAGCAGUUCGAUUUGACGAGGUGUUGAUCCGUCACCAGGUCAAGUAUCUGGGUCUGAUGGAAAAUCUGAGGGUGAGGAGGGCCGGCUUUGCUUACAGACGGCGCUACGAGGUCUUCCUACAGAGGUAUAAGUCUCUGUGUCCAGACACUUGGCCCAACUGGCAGGGCAAACUAUCUGAUGGAGUGGCCACACUGGUCAAACACCUGGGAUACAAACCUGAGGAGUACAAACUGGGCAGAUCCAAAAUCUUCAUCCGUUUCCCAAAGACCUUGUUUGCCACUGAGGAUUCUCUGGAGACCAGGAAACACAGUCUUGCCACCAAGCUCCAGGCAGGAUGGAAAGGCUACAGCCAGAAGUCCAAAUACCAGAAACUCAGAACCUCAGCUAUUGCCAUCCAGGCGUGGUGGAGAGGGAUCCUGGCCAGGAGGAGGGCUCAGCGCAGGCGACAGGCUGCUGAUACCAUCCGCAGGUUCAUCAAAGGUUUCAUCUACCGCCACAAGGAGCGCUGUCCGGAGAACGAGUAUUUCCUGGAUUACGUGCGCUACUCCUUCCUCAUGACGCUGCGCAGGAACCUGCCCAAGAACGUCCUGGACAAGAGCUGGCCGACGCCUCCGGCCGCUCUCACUGAGGCUUCAGAUUAUCUGCGUAAACUGUGCAUGCAGAACAUGGUGUGGAGCUACUGCAAGAGGAUCAGCCCUGAGUGGAAACAUCAGAUGGAGCAGAAGAUGGUCGCCAGCGAGAUCUUCAAGGACAAGAAGGACAACUACCCACAGAGUGUGCCCAAACUGUUUGUCAGCACAAGACUCAACGGGGAGGACAUUAACCCCAAGGUGGUUCAGGCUCUGGGCAGCGAGAAGAUGAAGUAUGCCGUGCCCGUCACCAAGUAUGACAGAAAAGGCUACAAGGCCCGACCCCGCCAGCUGUUGCUCACCGCUAACAGCGCUGUUAUCGUAGAGGAGGCCAAACUCAAACAGCGCAUCGACUACGGAGCUCUGAAAGGUAUCUCAGUCAGCUCUCUCAGCGAUGGCUUGUUCGUUCUGCACGUGCCCAGUGACGACAACAAACAGAAGGGAGACGUAGUCCUGCAGAGCGACCACGUGAUCGAGACCUUGACCAAGAUUGCGAUCUGCGCUGACAAAAUAAACAGCAUCAACAUCAACCAGGGCAGUAUAAAGUUUACAGUGGGUCAGGGGAAAGAGGGGAUCAUAGACUUCACGCCCGGAUCAGAACUGCUGGUGGCCAAGGCUAAAAACGGACACUUGUCUGUGACGGCUCCCAGACUGAACUCCAGAUGAUGGCCACACCGAUAACACCAGGACCCAAGUACUCCUGAACCUCUCCCAUCCUCCUCCAAUCACACGACAGCAGACCCCGCUCUGCCUAAGCCAAUCAGACGCCAGCUGUCACCGCAUGGGUGACACGUGCUUCCAAUUAAAAAAACAAAAAAAAUAAAAAAUAAAAAUCCAGCAAAACAAAUUGAUAUAUUUAUGUUUAUAUAUUAUAUUUUUGGGAUUAAUACUGUUGCAGUUUGAAUAGUCUGAUUUUAUAUAUGAGGCCAAGGAAUAACAAAUAUGUUGGUGCAUUUUUUUUUUUGCGCCGUGUGUUUAUUGUGCUUUAUUUGGGAACAUGACCAAGAAAACGAUGAGGGAAGAGUAAGAAUAAGAGACAACAGUGAGAGGAAAAGGUGAUUGUUGUUGAUGAAAAUCAGGGUUAGUUGUUGCCUGUUGCCUCUUUUUUUUCCUGUUAACUCUUUCUGCUUGACUUAUAGGCUGACACUACUUCUCUAACUGGGGCAGAUGGCUUGUUAUUGAAGCAUGAAGGUGUGUAGAACAAGGCUGACAGUAUGUAGGUUAGCUGUGGACAGGUUCAGGGAUGAGGAAGAAUAACUUCUCAGUCAAACGGAGAUACCUCGGCACAUAAAGGCUCGUCGUAUCAGACUGUGGCUCACUGAAUCCGAAUAAAUAGCUGAAUGUACAACUGAAUAUAUUCGUAGUGUUAGAAUGAGAAGGAACAAAGUAUGUGAGACGUGUGUGAGAGAGGCAGAGAAAGCUGAAAAGAAAGACGAUAGGACGCCUUGACCCCAGGUGCUUGUGCCUUUCUCCUUGACUAAUGCAUUCAUAAUAAGUGAGUUGAGCUGUAUAUUGAUGUAUGAAAACCAUGACACUCAACAUGAGUGAGUCGAGUUGUGUGUAGAUAGAAACCUGUCGUCCUCUGACUGAACAUUGCUCCAGCAGCAGCAGCAGCAGCAGCAGCAGCCGUCUUCCCUUGUUCAGAACCACAUGACAUGCUCUGACCCAGUCCAAGGCCCCACAGCAUCUCUCUCUCUCUCUUUCUGUCUAUCUGUCUGUCAUUGGCUACGUUUCCUCCGUUCUUCCACCUUUCCUCUCCGCUUUGCCUCUCCAGUCUUCUCCCUGACCUGUCUGCUGUCUGUCUUAGAGAACUGGAGCUUCUGUCUCUGUGACUGAACUGGUCUGAUGGCUUCACCUGAUGAGGCUUUGACCAAUAUUUUUUGAAAGCGUUGCAACCCUUUUUUUUUUUGUGUUGAUACCCAAUAAAUCUCACCCCUUUUACAAUUCUGUCUUAUGAACGACAUUUUAUAAAUGUGAGACUAAAACACAAUUUGAAGCCACAUUGUUGAACUUGAAGUCUGCCUUCAGCUAAAAUUCAUGUGAAGACAGAGAACCUGUGGUUUUAGAUCACAGCUACUCAUAGCUGUUUAAAAGUGACAUUUUUAAAGGAAUAGAAGAUUGAUACCAAUCUCAUGUCUACAUGCUAAAUAUGAAGCUACGGCCUUGGUUCACAGGCUAUGGUAGCUUCACAGUUAACGCACAGAUAUGAAAGUUGUAUUGAUCUUUGCAUCUAAUUGUCAAAGGGGGAAAAAACACAUUAGUGCAUUCCCCAAAUAUCGCUCUAUUCCUUCAGUGCCAUAAAUCCAGUUCUUUCCAAAAUUUGGUCCCUUUCAGGGCUGGAAGAACUUUUGAAGUAGCAUCUAAAUUGACAUUGGAAGCUAAAUAUAAAUAUAUAUCCUGCAAAUAUCUAACAAGUCCAAAUAAGACACCACUUCAAGUUAAAGGCAUCCUAUAGACCAGUUCUACAACAAACCUCUCACUGUCUAAACUCUGACCAAAGACUGAUCCUGAAAAAAAGUUCUUGAAAACUUUUAAGAGUAGCUCCAAAGUUAUUUCCAAGACUUUUUUCUUUUCUUUUUUCUUUCUUUCCAAGCCUCGCUCGGUGACAGAACUUUUUCUCUACAUGGCUCUGGGUGGUGAGGCGGGUGCAAUAUGCCGACGUAGGACUGUGCGACUGCACUUAAAAUAUACUAGCCAAAGACCCUGUUGAUUUCUAGUGAUUCUGUGUUGUAUGAUUUAUAUAUUACUAUGUCGGUUCUGAAUGUUAUGUUGUUGUUUUCAGGAGGGAGAUCUGUAUGUACAGUUUGUGUUCUGUGUUAUAAAUGAGAGCUUCAAGCCAAGUGAGGUUUGAUGUGAAACGUUUUUUGGGAGAAGACGCUUCUAGUAUUGUUUGUUAACGCAAACAUGUUCAUGUGCCUUUGUUGGAUAGCAAUACAGCAGACCUGUGUGGAAUAAAAGAGAAAUACCUCCAUGACAGAGUCCAGUCUUCGGCUGACAACGGUUGUCGGGUCAUUUCAAAAUCUUUCCCAGCAGCACCUAAAGGUCUCCCUCUGUGUGUAUAAGCUUUAGUCAAACCAAAUUCUAAGUUUAUCUAUUGAUUUACAGAUGCACUCCUGUUAUCAGUCCUGACUUACUGUAUGCACCACACCAAUGUAUAAUUAUGCCAACACACUAAAAGAUAAGAUACUAAAGAUUUGAAAAAUAAAUUUGAGAUGCAAACAUAA